CGCCAUCUUGAAAAUCCACGGAAAGCUAAAGUUCCAAAGGAAGUGAAACUUUGAUGGGAUUUUCACGAUGAUCAACAGCCUUUUUAUCAUUAAUAACACCGGAGAUAUUUUUGUCGAGAAGCACUGGAAGAGUGUCAUCAGCAGAUCAAUAUGUGACCAUUUCUUUGAAGCACAAACAAAGGCAUCCGCACCAGAGGAUGUUCCUCCAGUUAUUGCAACACCUCACUAUUACCUGAUAAGUAUUUACAGAAACCAUUUGUUCUUUGUGGCUGUUGUACAGUCAGAAGUUCCUCCCCUGUUUGUAAUAGAGUUCCUUCACAGAGCUGUGGACAUAUUUAAAGAUUACUUCCAUGAAUGCAAUGAAUCAUUAAUCAAGGAGCACAUCGUCAUAGUCUAUGAGCUACUUGAAGAGAUGCUUGAUAAUGGUUUUCCCCUAGCAACAGAGCCAAAUAUCUUAAAGGAGCUUAUCAAACCCCCAAGUAUCGUGCGACAAGUGGUUAAUACAGUUACUGGAUCAUCACAUGUUGGAACACACUUGCCGACUGGUCAGUUAUCUAAUGUGCCCUGGAGAAGAACUGGAGUGAAAUACACGAAUAACGAGAUUUACUUUGACAUAAUAGAAGAGAUCGAUUGCAUUAUUGACAGAAAUGGUUCUGUGGUCUUUACUGAAAUCCAAGGAGUGGUUGAUAGUGUUUGUAAGCUGUCUGGAAUGCCAGAUCUGACCAUGUCAUUAGUCAACCCACGACUUCUAGAUGAUCCAAGCUUUCACCCUUGUGUUCGAUUCAAACGAUGGGAGUCAGAGAAAGUACUAUCAUUUGUUCCUCCUGAUGGGAGCUACAGAUUGCUGUCSUACCACAUCACAACUGGUUCUAUGGCAAUCCCAGUUUAUGUUAAACACCAAAUAUCAUACUCUGAGGGAGGAUCUGGAAGGUUUGACUUGACAGUAGGACCAAAACAGACCAUGGGAAAAGUGGUAGAGGAUGUUGUUAUCACUGUCCCAUUUCCAAAGCAAGUCUUAAAUGUCAACCUGUCACCAUCAGUUGGCAACUAUACAUUUGAUCCUGUCAGGAAAGAACUUAAGUGGGAUGUUGGUAAAAUUCUACCUCAGAAGCUACCAAUAUUAAGAGGAAGUAUGUCUUUACAAACUGGUGUUCCUCCUCCAGAUGAAUCUACUACGAUAUCUGUUGCAUUCAGAAUCCCACAACUAGCAGCAUCAGGCAUCAAAGUUAGCAGACUUGACUUGUAUGGAGAGAAAUACAAGCCAUUUAAAGGAGUAAAGUAUGUAACCAAAGCAGGAAGAUUCCAAGUCAGAACCUAGAAAAAUAUAUUCAAUGAAUUGUUCACAGCCAGAAAUUCAAAGUAAUGAGAGAUUUACAAACUUAUACCUGUUCAUAGUCAAGAAAAUGAAAUGACAAAACAGGACUGCCAUGUUGGUUGGUAUACCAUUUACAGUCCUUCUCAAUUGUGUACGAGGAACCAUCAUAACAACGUACAGGCUUCAGUGGGACUCAAUCAAGGAAUUAAUGAAUAUUUUUUAUUUUCAUUCAAGAUUCAACUAGCAGGGCAGUUUUGUUUUUGCAUGAAAUCCCAGUUAUUAAGGCAUUUUAAUGAAAAAUUUAUCCAAAACCAAAAAUUAUUUUAUAUGUAAAGGUGUUCAAGGGUUUCAUUCUUUUAUGGGUAUUGGUUAAAACCUUAAAAAAUAAAUUUAUUGUUUACAAUAGGUCGUUAUGAUAGUGAUCGUACAAUUUAAUAGUGGGCUAGAGGAUGCAUUGUGUUCUCAAAUUCUUUCCAAUAUCGCAGAAGCAGAAUAUAGUAUUUCUGCUGUAUUGGACUGACACUAAAUUGAUAUUCUGAUUGACAUUACAAAUAUCUGUACAGAAUUACAGUUAGGAAACAUAACCUCUGUGAAUGGUAAAAAAUCUAAACAUUAGGUAUACUGGUUAUUAAAACUAGGAUUGAUUAAAAUGUUGAUAUUUUUUCUACAAUUCAUUUUAUUCCAUAAUUAAAAUUUAGAUAUUCUAGCCCAUGGAUUGUGAAACUCAAGGUAUAGCAUAGGAGCUCAAAUUAAAGUUAGAGUCAUUUUAGUAUGGGCCUUUCUUGAACAAUAGACUUUCCCACAUGGCUUUCCAUUCUUGAAUUUUAAAUUUUAGAAAGAGCAUCCACAGGUUUAAACAAAAGGUUUAUAUUUUUAUGGGAAUAAACAUGGUGCUUUGUGAUCAAAGUCAAUGGCUGAAAAUCUUGGAACUUAAUAAACUGCACGAAAUGACAACCACUCAAAUCAGCCAAUCACAGUGUGAAAAUCUCUCUCAGCCAUCGAAACGUAUAGAAAUCAAUCCUGAACGAAUAAAAUAUAUUAAACAGAAUUCAAAAAUA